AUGAAUAAAAUAAAAGUGCCCACAGAAAAAUGCCUUUCAAACAAUUCCCGGAUUUUGAGUCUCCUGUCACAGCUGGAAAGAAUCAACACCGAAUCAUCAGCCUUGGAUCCUGAUAACACCAGAUUUGUCACAGCGAAAAUCCUCCACUUGGCACAAACUCAAGAAAAAACAAGGAAGGAGAUGACAGCCAAAGGUUCCACUGGUGUAGAAGUGAUACUGUUUACACUGGAGAAUACAAAGGACCUCCAGACAAUCUUAAAUAUUGUAAAUAUUCUCAAUGAAUUGAUGUCAGCUGGUGGAGGAAGACGAAUAAACGUUCUGAUAUCUAAAGGUGGUACACAAAUUUUGCUGCAGUUGCUUCUCAGUGCCAGUAAGGACUCUCCUCCCAAUGAAGAUUUAAUAGUACUUCUCCAUAGUCUGCUUGCAAAGAUAGGACCAAAAGAUAAGAAGUUUGGAGUAAAGGCACGAGUAAGUGGAGCACUAAACAUAUCUCUGAACUUGGUGAAACAAAAUCUGCAAUAUCCAAAGCUACAACUUCCAUGUCUUCAAGUGUUACGGGUAUACUGUAUGAACUCUGUGAAUGCCGUGUACCUUGGCAAAAAUGGAGCAGUUGAACUUCUCUUCAAGAUAAUAGCACCAUUUAGUAAGAAGAAUACCAGCCUCAUGAAGGUCUCCUUAGAUACACUUGCUGCUUUGGUAAAAUCAAAAACAAAUGCCAGAAAAGCAGUAGAUCGAGGAUAUGUCAAUGGGCUCUUAACAACUUAUUUAGACUGGCAUCGUCAUGACACUCGCCAUAGACAUAUGUUGAUCAGAAAGGGCAUUCUCCAGUGCCUUAAAAAUAUUACAAACAUAAAACUGGGUAGAAAAGCUUUCAUUGAUGCCAAUGGAAUGAAAAUUCUCUAUAACACCUCACAGGAUUGCCAGGCUGUUAGGACAUUGGAUCCCCUUGUUAAUACAUCUAGUCUGAUAAUGAGAAAAUGCUUUCCGAAGAAUCGUCUUCCCUUACCAACCAUCAAAAGUGCUUUUCAUUUCCAGCUGCCUAUUAUACCUACAAGUGGACCUGUGGCUCAGAUAUACAACAUGUCUCCUGAAGUUGAUGAUGUAGUUGAUGAGAGUGAUGACAAUGAUGACACAGAAGCAGACACAGAAGCAGAUGCCGAAAAUGAAGAUGAUAAUGAGCAGGUUUUCAAGAAUGAUGACAUAGAGACUGACAUAAGUAAACUCAAACCUGUACAAGAUUUGGAACGAUCUACAGGAGAUCUGAAGAUGUAUGAAUGCUUUUUCCCAGAGUUAAGAGAUGAUUUCCAGGACUUUGAAUUGGUCUCAAAUGAGCCAGUGAGUGGCGCAAACCGUGGUGGACCUAUCAUUGUCCCAACUGCAGAAGAAGAACCCAUUUACAAACCGAGACAUAUCAUUAAAGAGACCAGAAAAGGCAGUAGUAUUUCUUUAGAAGAUGAAUGUAAUAAAAGACCAAACUUCUUAGAUGUGCCAAAGAAAGAAAUAAAGAGAGACCACAAUGGCUCCUUCCAGCAGACUCGGGGUGAUACUGAGAAGUCCUCAUGCUGCUACUUGAACAACGAUGUCGUAAGAGAUCUUGACCGACUCUCACUGCAGAAGUCUUCAGCCAAUAACCUUUGCAAAAAUGGCUCUGCUAAAGACAAGCCUAAUCAUUUUUCUCAUUCCUGCAGUAAACCCUCCCAGAAUUCAUCAUGUGGUAAUAACUUAUUUGAUAAGCAUUCAGUGACCCUGGGUCCUUUGUGUUGCUCUACCGUUUUACCCGAGGAGGAAGACACUAGUCCAUUAAGUAGUCAGGAUUUACAGGGUUUGCUGGAUACUGAAAACGUACUGCCCCUCCAUGAUCCUGAACUUUACAUAGAAAUUGUGAAGAGCACCAAAUCAGUCCCAGAGUAUUCUGAAGUGGCUUAUCCGGACUACUUUGGCCAUGUGCCACCAUUCUUUAAAGAGCCCAUUUUAGAAAGACCUUAUGGUGUACAAAGGACAAAAAUAUCCCAGGAUAUUGAAAGACUGAUUCAUCCAAAUGAUAUAAUAGACCGGAUAAUAUACGAUCUUGAUAAUGCCAGCUGCCCCAUUCCAGAUGAGAGUGAUGUCCUCAAGUUCAAUUCCAAAUUUGAGUCUGGGAAUCUGCGGAAGGUCCUUCAGAUAAGAAAAAAUGAAUAUGAUCUCAUCUUGAACUCCGAUAUAAACAGCAAUCAUUACCACCAGUGGUUUUACUUUGAAGUUAGUGGCAUGAAGACUGGAACUGCUUAUCGCUUUAACAUAAUUAAUUGUGAGAAAUCCAACAGCCAGUUUAAUUACGGCAUGCAGCCACUCAUGUAUUCUGUGCAGGACGCAUUGAUUUCCAGGCCUUGGUGGGUUCGUGUUGGGACAGACAUUUGUUAUUACAAAAAUAAUUUCUCCAGAAGUUCAAUAGCUACAGGAGGUCAGAAGGGAAAGUCAUACUACACCAUGACAUUCACUGUGGUUUUCCCACAUAGAGAUGAUGUCUGCUAUUUUGCUUACCACUAUCCUUACACGUAUUCUACAUUGAAGAUGCACCUGCAAAAACUGGAGUCUCUGCACAAUCCGCAGCAGAUCUACUUUCGCCAAGACGUAUUAUGUGAAACUCUAGCUGGAAAUGGAUGCCCAGUAGUCACCAUAACAGCUAUGCCAGAGUCCAAUUACUAUGAACAUGUCUAUCAGUUCCGAAACCGACCCUACAUCUUUCUCACUUCCAGAGUUCAUCCUGGGGAGACCAAUGCCAGUUGGGUUAUGAAAGGGACCCUGGAGUUUCUUAUGGGCAACAGUGUGACUGCACAGAACCUGCGGGAAUCCUAUAUUUUUAAAAUUGUUCCAAUGCUAAACCCUGAUGGAGUGAUCAAUGGAAAUCAUCGUUGUUCUUUAAGUGGGGAGGAUCUGAACAGGCAGUGGCAAGAUCCUAAUUUGGAUUUGCACCCUACAAUUUACCACACCAAAGGCCUUCUACAGUAUUUGGCAUCAAUCAAACGAGCACCCAUAGUUUACUGUGAUUACCAUGGGCACUCUCGUAAGAAAAAUGUCUUCAUGUAUGGCUGCAGUAUUAAGGAGACGGUGUGGCAUACAAAUGCUAGCGCCGCUUCUUGUGACAUGGCGGAAGACAAUGGCUAUAGGACCCUCCCUAAAGUUCUAAGCCAGAUUGCUCCAGCAUUUUGCAUGAGCAGCUGUAGUUUUGUGGUUGAGAAGUCCAAGGAAUCUACGGCCCGUGUAGUGGUGUGGAGAGAGCUGGGUGUCCAGAGAAGUUACACAAUGGAAAGCACACUGUGUGGUUGUGACCAGGGGAAGUACAAGGGCUUGCAGAUUGGGACAAAGGAGCUAGAAGAGAUGGGCGCUAAAUUCUGCGUAGCAUUAAUUCGCUUAAAGAGACUGACCUCUCCCAUGGAAUUUAGCCUGCCUCCAAGCCUACUUGAUAUCGAGAAUGAUCUGAUCGAGUCCAGCUGCAAGGUUGCAAGUCCCACUACCUAUGUCUUGGAAGAUGAUGAGCCACGCUUUCUGGAGGAAGUAGAUUACAGUGCAGAAAGCAAUGAUGAUGGUGAUCCCGAUCUACAAGACACUGCUGUGGACUUUGAAAUCUCUGCAGUGGAUGACGAAAGCUUUUCAGAUCCUGAAGCUACACGAACGAACUCAGAAACAACACAUAACCAGAAAGUAUGUUAACAUCACAUGGGAUUGGCAGCAAAUGUUUUGGCAGGUGGUAUCAACCACAGAUUGGUGUAGUUCAAGCCAAUGAAAAGAAUAAAGGUGUUGCUGGCUUGAGCAAACAUUCUGUUCAGUUUCCUUUGGAUUGUGCUGUUUCCGCUCUGGGCAUAUAAAAGUAGCUUCGCUUGUUUCCCCGUCUAUAUUGCAUGGCUUUAAUGGCAGACUUGCUGCAAAUAAAUUCUUCAACUUUGAUGGUGUACAGGUGGCUGACAUCUCCAAAAAGCCGUUCUGUAUUGUCUAUUCCAUAUUGUAUAAUAUUUCUUGCUAUAAAACCAUACCGUACGUCUGUGUGUAAUUUAUUCAUAUUUGCACUGUUCAGGUUGUAAAACUUGGAAACUUUGGUUAAAGUCUCAGUAUACACAUUAUUGUAUUAACUCCAGCUCAUUUACUACACUGCUUUUUAUUUUGACUUGUUUGUGUUUGUUAUCUGU